AUGGUGAAAGCGGACAGGGAAGAUCCAGACCCUCGAUCCACGAUCCACACAUCAGGCCACAACCCACCACCCUCAACCAUGUUUAGCACACGCCUCGGUCUUUCUCCCCUGCUUCACUCCUCCAAGCAAGCAUCCUCAGCCCUAUCGCGCCUCGCCAUCCCGACAACGACGUCGACUCCCCUGCGACUCACGCUCCCGAGUGCUACCCCGCGCCGCUUCUGCAGCUCCCACACCGUCGUCGACGAUAAAGACCGCAAGAAAGACAUCACCAUGUAUCUCCAGGAGACGCACGACAAGGUGUUUGAGAACAACAAGUCCUGGGCCGCCGAGCAGGUCGCCAAGGACCCCGACUUCUUCAAGAAGCUCGCGGCCGGCCAGAACCCCGAGUACCUCUGGAUCGGAUGCUCCGACUCGCGCAUCCCCGCCGAGCAGAUCACGGGCCUGCAGCCCGGCGACGCCUUUGUGCACCGCAACAUUGCCAACCUGGUGUGCAACACGGACCUCAACGUUAUGAGCGUCAUCGAGUAUGCCGUCAAGCACCUCAAGGUUAAGCACAUUGUCGUCUGCGGCCACUACGGCUGCGGCGGUGUCAAGGCUGCCAUGACCCCCAAGGACCUGGGCCUCAUGAACCCCUGGCUGCGCAACAUCCGCGACGUCUACCGCCUGCACGAGAAGGAGCUCGACGCCAUCGCUGAUGAGGAGGCCCGCUACGACCGCCUCGUCGAGCUCAACGUCUACGAGCAGUGCCGCAACGUCGUCAAGACUGCCGCCCUGCAGCAGUCGUAUGCCGAGAACGGCUUCCCCGUCAUCCACGGCUGGGUCUUCAACUUCCGCGACGGCCUGCUCACGGACCUCAACGUCGACUUCAAGACCAUCCUCAAGGAUAUCCAGAAGAUCUACAACCUGACCGACUAA